UUGUCUUGUUUCCUGCUCGCUUGAUUCGCUGCCUUACUAGGUACCUUAGUUCAAGUCCAGUACGACCACAACGACGUCAGCAACAUGCCGUUCAAGUCACGCUGGCAGAUCGAUAUCCCCAAUGCGCAUCUCGCGUCCGUCCUGCUCACCUCGCCGACGCAUCCUCUCUCCAAGACACAUCGGUGUUUCUCAGACGCAGACCGUCCGGAUACGCAUUACUUCACCCCGCAUGACUUCCGCCUCUGGAGUCAACGAUUCGCGGCCGGACUGCGCAGGAGUGGACUGCAGCCCGGGGAUCGCGUGCUGCUGUUCUCGGGGAACGACCUGUUUUUCCCGGUUGUGUUUCUCGGGGUCGUGAUGGCGGGGGGUAUCUUCUCUGGGGCAAAUCCUACCUACGUCGCCCGGGAACUGGCGUUUCAGUUGCAGGAUUCCGGGGCCAAGUAUCUGAUCUGCGCGGAGGGGAGUCUGGAAACGGGGAUUAAGGCCGCCCGGCUGGCGGGGGUGAAUCGGGACCGGGUGUUUGCCUUCAGCAAUGCCGUUUUUGAGGGCCGGGGGCGAGGCGUGAAGGGCUGUCGCUACUGGGGGGAGCUGAUCGCGUCUGUCGAUGAGGGCAGUCGGUUUGUGUGGGAUGAGUUGUCGACUCCCGACCUGGCCGAUCAGACGCUCGCCUUGAACUAUUCCAGUGGCACGACCGGGAAGCCCAAGGGGGUGGAGAUCACGCACAAGAACUAUGUGGCCAACAUGCUGCAGUUCAACGCGCUCUUUUAUUUGAACCCCGACUGGAAGGAAAAGCAGGCGCGCGCACGCUGGCUCUGCUUCCUUCCAAUGUACCAUGCCAUGGCCCAGAACAUCUUCAUCGCGGCGGCGCUAAGUCGCGGAGUGCCCGUAUACAUCAUGCCCAAGUUCGACUUCUUGAAAGUGCUCGAAUACACGGGGAAGUUCCGCAUUACUGAUCUCAUCGUGGUCCCGCCCGUCGUGGUGGCAUUGGCCAAGCACCCUGCGGUCAGGAGCGGCAAGUAUGACCUGAGUAGCGUGGAGACCGUGUCCAGCGGUGCGGCACCUCUGGGGAGAGAGGUCUGCGAGGAAGUCGAGGCGCUGUGGGAACCAGGACGUAUCAAUAUCAAGCAAGGAUGGGGCAUGACUGAGACUACGUGCUCCAUUCUGGGCUGGAGUCCCAUUGAGAACUCUUACUCGGCAUCGGUUGGAGAGCUAAAUCCCAACUGUGAGGCGAAAAUCAUGGCCGACGAUGGCGUGGCGGAAUUGGGACGCAACCAGCGCGGCGAACUUUGGGUUCGCAGCCAGAACAUCAUGAAGGGCUACUGGAAGAACCCACGAGCAACGAAAGAGACGAAGACCGAGGAUGGAUGGCUUAAAUCGGGGGACAUCGCCUAUGUCGACAACGACGGCAAAUUCCACGUAGUUGACCGAAAGAAGGAGUUAAUCAAAGUGAAAGGCAACCAGGUUGCGCCAGCCGAGCUAGAAGCUCUUCUGCUGGAGCAUCCCGCCGUGGCCGAUGUUGCAGUAAUUGGCGUUCCAAAGUGAGUUAUUGGUGGCGGCCCAGAGACUAUAAAGGCACAAGAAAGGGCUAAUGC